AUGGGAAAUAUAAACUGCACCAAAUAUUGUCAAGGGUUUGAUGGGAAGUCAGAACUCGACUUAAAGACUUCAGUCAGUUUAAUUUAGGUCAUAAAGCAAAACUAUCCCCAAGUCCGACACAGCAUUUCUAACUCCCCCCCUCGAAAAAAAGUUAUAUAGAAAUUUUAUAGAAAAUUUUUUUUUCCGAAAUUUAAAAAAAUCACACUUCGCAAAUUUGGAGAGCAAAUUAUUAAUUUAAUUUGUGAAAUUUUAUGUUUUAAAAAACGCAAUUUGCUUAAAAUUUAACAGAAUUAGCUAUAGAUUUUAUUAUACUAAUGAUCACUUAUAUAUCGAAAUUUUUUGUCCAUACAAUUUUUUUCUAUUAAAAAAAAUUUUUGUUUUUGGGCAAAACUAGGGAUUUUUCUAAUAGUUUUGUUCGCUCACGGAGGGGGGUAAGCAAGAAUCACAGCCUAAGGAAGAUUUAUUUAUAAAAUUCCCCAAAAGCGAUCUUUCCACACACGCUUCAAAAAUCCAAAAAGCAUGGCUCCGUUACUAUUAUAAAAACCAAUAUCAACAAUUUAAAAAUCUUUUUCAGCCUAAUCACGAAUACUUUUCAGAAGUUUACACUAAAGAAACUAUAUCAAAUAUUCCAAUUUCACCAAAGCGCAAGAAAAGGUCGCUUUAUACUUAUGCAAAUGGAGCUACUUAUAAAGGAGAGUGACGAGGAGGAAUUAGAGAUGGAAAAGGAAAAAUGGUUUGGCCUGAUGGCUGCAUUUACGAAGGGAUCUGAGAUUACGGUAUCCCUUUUAGAUAUGGGAAAUUCACACACUUUGAUGGAGAAUCUUACGAGGGCAAUUGAAAAAGCCCAAUGAUUAUCCAAAAUAACUCCCAGGCCGAAUCGGAAAAUGGAUACUGUAAUAUUUAUUCAGGCUGGCUGUAUUAUAAACAAGAAAUGUUAAAAUCUCUGCCAUCAGAGCAAAGAUCUUCUAAAUUCUCUCUAAAGCACUAUAAAAGAUUGAAAACCCUCUAUGACGACUUCAACAAAAUCGAAUCCGAGCUCAAUCAACCUACAGAGUUUAUCAAUAAUGUUUUUAACGAAAAUUUCAAAAGCCAGCUCCAAGAGCACACUUAUGAUAUAAAUAUAAAAUAUUAUGGAGAAUUUAGAGGGAAGGUCAGAGAAGGCAAAGGCCUUAAUAUCUGGGAUAAUGGAGAUAGAUACGAGGGCUUGUGAGCUAAUGACAUGCAAAAUUCCUGACUCCCCCCGUCCUUGAUCGAACGGCUCGACAUCGUUCGAUCAAGGAUGGGGGUUAAAACAAAAUUCUGGAAAAUUUUUAAAAAAUAAAAUAUAUAUAUAUAAUUAUUUGUUUUUAUUUAUAUUUAUUUUUAAAUAAGAGGGUUAAGAGUAUUUAAUAAUUAUUUUUACAGCAAAAAUUGAAUUAAUUUCAUAAGAAUACCAAUUUUUAAUAUUUUGAUUUAUUAGUUACCCCUUUAAACUGUAUAAAUUUUAAUUUGCUCCUUAUUGAAUUUAAGAUUUAAGAUUACGAUAACUCUCCGUUGACCCCCACUUAGCUUAGGACCAACGAAACAAGCCCAUCCUUCCUGAAUUCCAUCACUGGCUAACAGCUCUGAACAACGGUAGGUGGAAUUGGCCUAACCGUCGAACCGUUACAGUAGCCUAUGACCUAGACGAGUCUCUCUUCCUUUCUUGAACUUGAUUCAAGCACACAAGGAACUGCCGAAGCAGUUCCAGCGCCAAUAUCCUUUAGAAAGUCUGAACUUCCCUCACUAGGAUGACCUUAGGGGACAAGGACCCUAAUUCAUACGCUCCAUUUUUAAUUGUUCUUAUUGAAUUAAAUUUAUUUUUUAAAAUUUAAAAGAAUCUCUAUUUUUUAGAUUAUUGAGUUUUUAAGCCUAGGCUGAUGGCUAAAUCACUUCGGAUGGUUGAUUCCCUAGCUUUCUGUCGUCUCAAAGUCUCUGAAAAACAACUUCAUUAGGUGCAUCUUCCUAAGCUUUUGAUAACUAAUAUAUUUUUAUAUAUAUAUAAAAUUGCAUGAUAUGAAAAUCAUUCGAUCAAGGAUGGGGUAAAUUUCCCCAAUUUUUAGGAAAUUUAUAGUCAAUCGUUCAUUCAAGGAUGGGGGGAGUGAGGGAGAAACGUAUGGGUUGAUGGAUCAACAUAUAUUGGAGGAUAUAAAAAUAACUUAAAAGAAGGAGUGGGGAAGUAUAAUUGAGAAGAUGGGACUAUUUAUAUAGGACAGUGAAAAGCUAAUGUCAUUAAUGGGAUUGGAAAAUAUAUGUGGGCGGACGGCAGACAAUAUUUAGGAGACUGGGUAGAUGGAGCUAUGAGCGGAUUCGGAGUUUUUUCUUGAAAGGAUGGGAAAAAAUAUGAGGGAGAAUGAUUUAAAGGCAAAAAACAUGGGAUUGGGUAUUCGAUUUCUACUGAUGGAAGUGUAUCAAAAAAUAAAUGAAAUUAUGGAAAAAUGAUUAAGAAAGAUAAUGAUACUCCGAAAAACUGAGAUUAA